AUGGUUAGAACCAGAGGAUUAGGUCGUGCCUUAGGUCACAUUACUGACAGAGGUGUGGGCAGAGGAGAUCGUGAUGAUUCCGAUGAUGCUCCGCAGCGUCGACGACCUACCGCAUCCGCACGGAGGCAGCGAGUACCUGUGAUUGCUACGCACGAUGAGUCAGUGGUCCCUGCGCCAGAUGUAGAUGCUGACAUAUUUCUGGAUGACUCAAUGGCACCAGCAGAUGUAGAGGACAUUGUGGCAGACAUUCUUGCGAACACAGGCGCACAUGUUGCUGAGGAUGAGCAUGAGGGAUUUCUGGGUGGUUCGAGCGACCCAUCCGUGCUGACCCAGUAUACGGAUCACGUUGCUUGCAGCAUAUGGACGAGGAAGGAACGUCUUGAGUUGAAGUUAUUCUCUCACGGGAGGAAGGUCCAUAGUUUAGGCAGGCCUGUCCCUGCCAUUGAGGGACUAGUUGUUGGGACACGACUAAGUCCUCUGAUCGCGUGUUCGGUAGACACUGGCGAUCGGGGACUUUUGUCCUCGUUUGUUAAGCGGUGGCACCGGGAGACGUCUAGUUUCCAUCUCCUUGUGGGAGAGCUCACGAUCACACUAGACAACGUCUCCUCGCUUCUGCAUCUGCUCGUGGUUGGCGACUUGCACGCCUUUCAGCCCUUGCACGUGGAUGAUGCAAUUCAGAUGCUGGUGGACUUAUUGAUGGUCUCUACAGAGGCUGUCAGGGCUAAGACAAGGCAGUGUCGUGGACCAUACAUAUACGAGCGCCGAUGCCAGGCCCUUCGUGACCUCAGUCAGACUGGGAGGUACGCCUGGGGAGUGGCUGCUCUGGUGCAUAUGUACGACCAGCUGAACGAUGCCUCUAUCAGCAGCAACCGACAGCUUGGCGGUUACAUCACACUGCUGCAGUGCUGGAUUUACGAGCACUUUCCCUCAAUCGCGGAGUCCACUACUGAUCAGGACUACGACGAGGAUUCCCCGCGUGCCUGUAGGUGGAAUGCGACAAAGAAGACCGUGAAGAGCAUACGUACACCGGCGUAUAGGGAGCGCCUGGACCGACUCCGGAUUCUGGAUGUCUAUUGGAUCUCGUAUGGGGAGCACCGACCGGUCCGGGACUUCCAUUUGAUUUCAUGCUAUUCUGGUCUCCUGCGCUGGGGACCUGUUGUUGUUUAUUACCGACCAGAGAGGGUCGUGCGGGAGUUUGGAUACACCCAAACCAUUCCUGCUCCGCCUAUCGAUUCAUGGGUGUCGUAUGAUGAUAUACACGAUAGGUGGAUGCACUACUUGGAUCAUAUGGUUCCAACAGGUGAGGUGUGCGUUGUGUCAAGUCAGUGUGCCAGCGACUACAUGGACUGGUUCUUCUGCAUUUCCCAUCCUUUCAUGACACCAUGCCACGCAUUAGAUCCUCUGCCAGAUGGUCAUGCCCUGCAGCCCCGAGUCGUCCCUCAGGCCCUACAGAUAGAUAUCCCUCACGUGCUAGAGCCAAGAACACCGUCGACAUCUACGAGGCCUGCUGUGGAGGAGCCUAGACAUGCAGUGGACGUUUGCCAUGGAAUUGCUGAGAGGUUGGAGCGUCAUCUGAGCCUAGGGGUGGUCAUGCCAGGCUCAUUGACACAUGAGGUGAUCGAAGAAUGCCUCAUGAUGGCCAGGAGUGUCACACAGGACCAGCUAGUAUAUGUUAGGUCUCGACGCAGGCGGCGCACGGAUCAAGCGUAG